GGAGACAAGUGAUGGCGCCGACAUGGAGUCUUGGAAGCAAUCUCUCAGUGUUCCUGCCAGGGACACAAGGCCUCAGACCGAGGACGUAAAAAACCAAAAAGGACUCAGCUUCGAAGAUAUGGAACUCCGCCGGGAAUUGCUGAUGGGGAUUUUUGGAGCUGGCUUUGAGCAGCCUUCCCCCAUUCAAGAAGAAGCUAUCCCCGCUGCUCUGGUUGGCAAAGACAUCCUUGCGCGUGCCAAGAACGGGACGGGCAAGACGGCCGCCUUCGUCAUUCCCGCUCUCCAACGAAUCAACCCAAAAGUCUCCAAGAUCCAAUGCCUCAUCCUAGUCCCGACCAGAGAACUCGCAAUGCAGACAUCCCAGGUCUGCAAAACCCUAGGCGCAUACCUCGAUAUCAAUGUCAUGGUUACCACAGGUGGAACAGGAUUGCGGGACGACAUUGUGCGGCUCCAGGACCCCGUGCACAUUGUCGUUGGAACGCCGGGCAGAAUUCUUGACUUGGCAAGCAAGCAAGUAGCCGACCUGAGCGAGUGCCCCAUGUUCAUCAUGGACGAGGCAGACAAGCUUCUUUCGGCCGAAUUCACCCCCGUGAUUGAGCAGGUGCUUCAGUUCCACCCCAAGGACCGACAGGUCAUGCUCUUUUCCGCUACAUUUCCCAUCUCGGUCAAGGAUUUCAAGGACCGGAACAUGAACUCGCCCUACGAGAUCAACCUGAUGGACGAACUCACUCUGCGCGGUGUCACCCAAUACUACGCAUAUGUCGAGGAGAAGCAGAAGGUCCACUGCCUCAACACGCUGUUCUCAAAGCUCCAAAUUAACCAGUCCAUUAUAUUCUGCAAUUCGACAAACCGUGUCGAGCUCCUCGCCAAGAAGAUCACCGAACUUGGCUACUCUUGUUUCUACAGCCACGCCAAGAUGGCACAGCACGCUCGGAACAGGGUCUUCCACGACUUCCGCAAUGGCGUUUGCCGCAACCUGGUUUGCUCCGACUUGCUGACCCGUGGUAUCGAUAUCCAGGCUGUAAAUGUUGUCAUCAAUUUUGACUUUCCCAAGAACGCCGAAACCUAUCUUCACAGGAUCGGUCGGUCAGGCCGCUUUGGCCAUCUUGGUUUGGCUAUCAACCUCAUCAGCUGGGACGAUCGGUUCAACCUGUAUAACAUUGAGCGCGACCUCGACACCGAGAUCAAGCCUAUUCCUGACUUUAUUGACAAGAGUCUCUAUGCCUAUGAGAACCCGGAGACGGUUCCUCGGCCCAUCACAAACUUCCCACAAGCGUCCCAACAGAUCCAGAAACCGCAGCAGACGUUGCCGCAGCCGUCGCCCAAAUCUCCACCGGCAGAUCAGGAGCAAUCGCCCAACCCACAAGUAACCACAGCCUUCCCGAAACAAGAAAACUGGCAGACAGCGAGUGAUCGGCAAAACGGGUCUGGCGCCCCGAACGCCAACCAGGUCUGGGGCGGAUAUCAAGGUCAAGGCAACCGAGGCCCCCCCAAUCCCAACCGCCGUGGAGGUCGCGGUCGUGGCUAUCAAGGCCAAGGUCGACAGCCACAGUACGGCGCCGGGCGCGGCCGCCAAGGUCAGGGUCAGGGUCAGGGCCAAGGCCAAGCGCAGGCUCAACCGCCCAUUUAGCAAGCUUGACAUCUCCCACGUGUCAUAAUGCGGUGUGGCGGAUGAUGCAUGACUAUGACUUUGCGGUUUCCUUUCUAUUUUCCUUUGUUUCACGUUUGGAUUGUACAUAUUCAACCCAACCCUCUACCCGACCACCUUUCCUUCUUGGCGAUGCGGUGGCGAUCGAGCUUCUUGAGCCCUUCGUUUCUGCCACUCGGCGACGUCACGCCUCACGGCCUAGAAUCCUCGGCGGGCU